AUGGGCGAUCAUUCUUUGCAUGGAUACAUCAGAGGCGAUCGAGUCAGGUCUGGACAGUGGCCGGCCAUCUCUCUUUCUGUUCCCCUCUCUCAUAACAGUUACUUCUUUUUCUCUCUCUCUCACUUUUUUUCUUUCUUUUAUUUUUCCUCUCUUUUCAUAAUAUAUCUAUUUCUUUUCUUCUCUCCCUCUGACUCUCUCUUUCAUAAAAAAGCAAAAACCUGCCAUGACACGCAGAUUGUAGUUUUUUUUAAUUUUAUUCCCCCACUCUCUCAUGCUCAAUCAAUACAGAAGAAUCUAUUCCUUUUCUUCUCUCUAUUUUCACUCAUAAAAGAAGAAUCUAUUUAUCUCUCCUUUUCUCUUAAAAUAAGCGUCUUCUCUCUCUUUUUCUUUUAUAAAAUAAAAGUCUAUCUCUUUAACUCUCUUUUUCAUAAUAGAUUUUAUUUUAUCUCUCUCUCUAUCAAGCACAGAAUCUGUUUUUUUUUCCUCUGUCUCUUUGAUAUCAGAAAAAAAAACUGUUUCUCUCACUCUCAACUAGAAUUGAACCAAAUUAAUAUUCCUUGUUAA